UAAAAUUUCGAUUCCUUCGUUAAAACUCAAAACCCUACUAUUUCCUUCUUUAAAAGUUAAAACCCUCCUUUUCUUGUUCUUUCUUUAUCACCCACCUUUUACUUUUCACACCCCCAUAGUCGUCACCUUCUCCGUUCACUCUACACGCUUGUUUCUCGCUCGCUUCAUCUUCUAUCGUUGCUCUGUGAAAAAUGGAGAUAGAGAUGAGAGGGAUUCAAUUACAAUUCAAUCAAAUUCAGAAGCUGCGUCUAAACAAGGCAAUGAAAUCUCUGUCUUCUAAUGUGAAUUUCGAUGACACUGUCACCAUAGCUGAUUCCAUCUCUGUCAACCGCGAAGAAGGAGUACUCAAAGGUCACGGAACUUCUGACCUAGACGGUGAAAUCGUUUCCACUCUCUGUGGCACUGUGCAGCGUGUUAACAAACUCGUUUACGUGCGUCCUUUGAGCUCAAGGUACAAACCUGAGGUUGGUGACAUUGUUAUAGGGCGAGUUGUUGAGGUUGCUCAAAAGCAUUGGAAAUUGGAUAUUAAUUGCAGUCAAAAUGCUUGUUUAAUGCUUUCUGCUAUGAAUAUGCUUGAUGGAGUCCAGAGGCGAAAGACGGCCAAAGAUGAGCUGAAUAUGCGAUGUAUUUUUGAGGAGUCCGAUUACAUUUGUGUCGAAGUUCGCGAUUUUACCCAUUGUGACAUACACCUUCAAACACGUAGUCAAAAACAUGGAAAGCUUAGUAGCGGUCAACUGCUUACAGUCUCCCCGUAUUUAGUGAAGAGACAAAAACAACAUUUCCAUCAUCUGGAGCAAUAUGGUAUUGACUUAAUAAUCGGCUGUAAUGGGUUCAUAUGGGUUGGGGAGCAUGAUGAAGCGAGAGACGACAUGGUUGAAGAGCAAGUUAACCAAUUUGAUCCACAAGUUUUAGUUUCUAAUAAAAGUUCAGCAAGUUUUGAAGAACAAGAGAGAAGCUAUACGUCACUGGAGACUAGAAAAUACAUAUGCCGGGCUGCAAAUGCUGUAAGAGUAUUGUCCACUCUAGGGUUCAUCAUAACAGUAGAAAUUAUCAAUGGAGUAAUAGAUCUAAGUGUUUUGGCAAAUACUGAUAUAAUCGACAUGCUUGGUUCUGAGUUUUGUGUCAUGGUUGCUGAAAAAGAGGCAGAGAGGAGAAACUCUGAUUAAGGGAAGCUGUAGAUUAUGAUGAAAUCAUGGUUAAUGAAAUAGGAUUGUAGAUUUUCUAACUGUCUCUAGGAAAAUGAACUUGCUACAGUUAUAUACAUAUAAAACUGGUUUUCUUUUGCAUUGAGAGUGGAAAAGUGAAAUAUUGUGAAAAGAAACAGCUUUACGAACAACAACAGUAUUAUGAAAGUUGUAUCCACAAUGACAAAAGCCAUCUAUACAAAAGCAUGGCUUUUUCCUAUCUUUGAAAAUUAACACUCCUUUUUGUUUGUAACUUAAUUCACAUGCUAACUUGACUUCAGAUUCACUUUGUGUAAAAGUGAAGACACUCCAA